AUGGGUCUAAUCCAGAGGCAGACACUGAUGCACCGAUCUUGGAACACAUCCCAACCGGGUGAUCAAGAUCUUCCGAAUACUGGAGUCACAAGAAACUACACGUUUGACAUCUCUCGUGCCGUGUUGGCGCCCGAUGGGUAUGAGAAGCCAAUGAUUGUCAUCAAUGGCCAGUAUCCAGGGCCGAUGAUUGAGGCCAAUCUGGGAGACUGGAUCAAAGUGACAGUCAGAAAUGCCAUCACUGAACCUGAAGAGGGCACAGCCGUACACUGGCAUGGUUUUCUCCAGCGCGAAACGCCGUGGUACGACGGUGUUCCCAGCGUUCAACAGUGCCCUAUCGCCCCAGGAUCCGAGUUCACUUAUCUCUUUCGCGCAGAUCACAUCGGAACAACAUUCUAUCAUUCCCAUUUCUCGGCCCAGAUCAGCGCCGGUGUUUCUGGUCCCAUUAUAAUUCACGGAGAUACACCCCCGGAGGAGGACAUCGACCUUGGGCCUGUCCUCUUGUCGGACUGGUUCCACACCCAAUACGAGGAAAUCAUCGAGGGCGUGAUGAGUACAAACAGGACACUCAUGACACCGAAUUCGAACAACAAUCUGAUCAAUGGCAAGAUGAACUUUGAUUGCUCUCUUGCCACGGAUGGCACCCCUUGUGUCAGCAACGCCGGGGUAUCAAAAUUCCGAUUUCAGCCUGGUAAAGCACACCGCCUACGCAUCAUCAAUGGUGGCUCGGCUGGUUUGCAAUACUUCUCCAUUGAUGAGCACGAGAUGACGGUCAUUUCCAACGACUGGGUCCCUAUUGAGCCAUAUAACACCACAUGGCUGACUCUGGGAGUUGGCCAACGACACGAUGUCAUUGUCUACGGAAAGACAGAAAGCGAUGCUGACAGGGCCUAUUGGAUGCGGGCCAACCUUUCCACAGUCUGCGCCCUCCCCCUUCAGCCUUACGCGCUGGCCGGCAUCUACUACAACGAAGAAGACUUUGACAAGAAUACAACACCGAGCAGCGCCGCUCAAGACUUUGACCCAAGCCCGCUGAACUGUGGCAAUGAGCCGCUGACCAAGACUACGCCGCGGACAGUAGUGCCCGCCGUCACAGAUCCAGACACGACAAUUGAGAUUGACAUCACCUAUGCUAUCAACGCCACGGGACAACAAGAAUGGCGCAUGAAUGACAUUGCCUUCCGGGGCAACAUGAACCACCCGAUCAUGGGCCUCCUCGCCGAGGGCAAUGAUAGCUAUCCGCAUGACCCUCAGUGGAAUGUUUACAACACAGGCACCAAUGGCACUGUACGCAUCAUCUUCAACAACGAGCGAGACGCCUCUGAGAGCUUUGCUCACCCGAUGCACCUGCACGGCCACGACUUUCAGGUUCUCGCACAGGGCAGUGGAACCUGGGACGGGACCAUUACAAACCCGAGCAACCCGCUGCGGCGCGACACGCACAUUCUUCAGCCACUAGGUUACCUGGUAAUCCAGUACGAGGCCAACAACCCUGGGGUCUGGCCACUUCAUUGCCACGUUGCUUGGCAUGUCUCUGCGGGCUUUUAUAUCAACCUGGCGGAACAACCUGAUGAUUUACAACUGAUUAGUACCAUACCUGAGGUAGUAGAUCAGACUUGCCGGGACUGGGAAGCUUGGACUGAUGCCCAUGUCGUCAACCAGAUUGAUAGUGGCUUAAAAGAGAAGCAAAGGCGAGAGGACAUGUCUUAA